CAAAAGCGACAUCUGUGAAUAGUUUCAAAACUCUGAACGAUGUCGGUGGAUUCCCUUCUCUUCAUAUUUGCGUUGCUAGACGGGGCAUGUUUGCUCUUUCUGACAGUUUAUUUUGUCAUCACUCUGUCUGAUUUAGAAUGUGAUUACCUCAAUGCAACAACAUGCUGUAACAGGCUAAAUAUGUGGGUUUUCCCCGAGUUAGCUGCUCAUACAAUCCUAACAUUUUUUUUCUUAAUCACGUUUAAUUGGGGAGUAUUCUUGUUAAACACUCCUUUGGCAGGAUGGCAGAUAUAUAAGUAUUUGAAAAAACCUGCUGGCAAUGUUGGGAUUUUUGAUCCAGCUGAAAUUCAUAACAGACAUCAGCUCAGAUCACAUAUGAAAGAAGCCAUGAUCAAACUUGCAGUUCAUCUGAUAUUCUUUUUUAUCUACUUGUAUUGCAUGAUCCUUGCACUGCUGUCGUGAACAUUGCCAUAAUGCUGCCAGUGAAGGGCAUAAUAGAGCUACUCAGAAAUGGAAAAGAAUUCACUUGAUCAAUAAUUUAAAUUUUAUAAGAUUGGGAAAAAAUCUCUUGUUGUGUAGAAGUAUCAAGAACAGUUGGACUCCUUGCUUUGAUACUUAACAAACAUUUCCAAUAGAACAUUUUCACCAGAUUUCAGAAAUAUAAUUUUUUUUCAAAAUGAAUAUAUAAAUGACAACUUUUUAGUUUUCUAUUAUAUUUUUUUGUCACCAAGACAAAAAUGUUCAACUUUUAUCGCUUUAUAAAUUAGUGACUGAGAAGGAACAUUGCAAUAGUGUGCCAGCUCCUGUAUUUGUGUAAUGCCAUUUCUUGCAUUUAGAUUUUUAUGACUCGAUUUAUAGACUUGAAUUCUUAAUUAAAGUGGUCAAUUAGACACAGUGUGAUAAUAAGUUCAUUGAACAUCUCAUUCAAUUUUUGUCAACGAGUUUGCUUUUGAAAAUACUUCAAAAUGUCUUGAAUUUGUCAGGGUAUUAUUUUGGCCUUUAGACCGUUAAUUAUUUUGCUUAUGAUGGUCUGUGUAGAAUGGCAAUCAUUUGAUUUGCAUUGCUGACUGCAUCAUGUCCACAAUAAUUAAAGGAAGGUUUAAGUAUUUUAUCGCUGUAAAAGUGCAUGGAAAUUAUUAAUAUUAUUAGAGCAUUUUGUUUUUCAUACACAUGGUUACUUCUCAGAGAUAUUGUCAUUACUGUCAUUUCACAUAGAAUAUCUACUUAUCAACAGGUUCAAGUUGUUUGUAAAUAUUGAGAAGUAUCCUUACAUUCAUCUGUGUCAUUUGUGCUUUAGUUUGCCUAUAAAUAAAGUAAAUUGAAGCUA